AUGCUCUAUGAUUGUCUGAUUCACUACUGUUUUGUAAGAUUAUGCUUUUCAAUCUUGUUUAGAUGCUUUCAUGCAAGUCCAGAGCUACUGGCUCGAAGAAAAAAUGAGGAGCCGCUGGGUUUAAAGAGAAAACCCAAGAGCGGGAAGUUUGUGAAAAGACCCCAGAACACCCAACCGCCCGUUGAAGCUCCAUAUGUACCUCCUAAAUUGAGAAGAACUAUCAAAUCAUUGCCAGACAAAACUGUUGACAUAUUCGAUGGCAUGACUAUUGUAGAGCUUGCCAAGCAUAGCGGAGUGAUUAUAUCUACUGUACAGGAUAUUCUUGUAAAUGCUGGGGAAAAGGUUGACUCGGAGUAUGACACUCUCGGCAUUGACAUUGCGGAGCUGGUUGCAAUGGAAGUUGGGGUCAAUGUUAGGAGGCUGCAGUCCAAUGAAGGUGCUGAAGUUCUAUCACGCCCUCCAGUUGUGACAGUGAUGGGUCAUGUUGACCAUGGUAAAACUUCUCUCUUAGAUGCACUACGGCAGACAUCUGUAGCAGCUAAGGAAGCUGGAGGCAUAACCCAGCAUCUAGGUGCAUUUGUUGUUGGCAUGCCGUCGGGAGCAUCAAUCACAUUUCUCGACACUCCAGGUCAUGCUGCAUUUAGUGCGAUGCGAGCAAGAGGUGCAGCAGUCACAGAUAUAGUCGUGCUAGUGGUGGCUGCUGAUGAUGGUGUAAUGCCUCAAACCCUUGAAGCAAUGUCCCAUGCAAAAGCAGCUGGUGUACCAAUUGUUGUUGCAAUUAAUAAAUGUGAUAAACCAGCUGCCAACCCGGAAAGAAUACGAGUCCAGCUAGCUUCAGAAGGGUUGCUUUUGGAAGAUAUGGGUGGAGAUGUCCAGGUUGUUGAAGUUUCUGCAGUGACUAAACUUGGAUUGGAUAAGUUGGAGGAGGCCUUGCUUCUCCAGGCUGAGAUGAUGGAUCUCAAAGCACGUAUUGAUGGAUCUGCUCAAGCUUAUGUGGUAGAGGCAAGACUUGACAGGGGGAAGGGUCCAUUAGCUACUGCAAUAGUGAAAGCAGGGACAUUAGUUUGUGGGCAGCAUGUUGUUGUUGGUGCAGAGUGGGGAAGAAUAAGGGCUAUAAGGGACAUGGUGGGACAAUUAGCCGAUCGUGCUGGACCUGCAAUGCCUGUUGAGAUUGAAGGGCUGAAGGGACUUCCAAUGGCAGGUGAUGAUAUUAUUGUUGUUGCCUCUGAGGAGAGAGCAAGGAUGCUUAGUGCUGGGAGGAAAAGGAAACUUGAGAAAGAUAGGCUCAGGAAAAUGGAUGAGGAGAAUAGGCUCAGGAAGACAGAUGAGAAGGGAACUUCAGAUGAAGAAGAUGAAGAAAAGGAGACUGAAAGGGUUGAAAUGACCGUUAUAGUAAAAGCAGAUGUGCAGGGCACUGUCCAAGCAGUCACGGAUGCAUUGAAAAGUUUGGAUAGUCCUCAGGUUUUUGUGAAUGUGGUCCAUGUUGGGCUUGGGCCUAUUUCUCAAUCUGACUUGGAUUUGGCACAAGCUUGUGGUGCAUGUAUAGUUGGAUUCAAUGUGCGAAGCCCACCUAGUUCCAUUAGUAUGGCUGCAACUCAAGCUAGUGUGAAGAUAAAACUGCACCGUGUGAUCUAUCAUCUUUUGGAAGAUAUGGGUAAUAUGAUUGUAGAAAAGGCCCCCGGGACAUUUGAGACCCAGGUGGCUGGAGAGGCCCAGGUUCUAAACAUCUUUGAGAUCAAAGGAAGAAGCAAAGCAAAGGGUAAUGAUGUGAAGAUUGCUGGUUGCCGGGUGAUGGAUGGACGCGUCACCAAGUCAUCAACAAUGAGGCUUUUGAGGAGUGGGGAAGUGGUGUUUGAAGGAUCAUGCAUGUCUCUCAAGAGGGAGCAACAGGAUGUGGAGACAGUUGAGAGGGGAAUCGAGUGUGGACUUGUGAUCCGUGAUUGUUUUGAUUUCCGGAUUGGAGAUAUUAUCCAGUGCUUAGAGCGAGUCAACAGAAAACCUAAAUUUGUUUCAUCAGAGAGUGGGGCUGUCAGAAUUGAGUGCUGAUAUUUCUUUCAAGAAAAAAACAUAGAAUUUUAAUACUUGUGACACCAGAUUCGUUGGCCCCGACAUUUUUGUUGAGCAGAUAACAUUUCUUGUAUUUUAUGAAGCAUUUUUGAGUGGUGCAGUGCAAAUUUAAGUUUUUAUAAUGUUGAGCAAAGCUCUCAUGAGUUGCCAAUGUAGACUUUGGAACACCAAAAAAUUCUAUUUGUUAGUUACAGUUUUUGGAGAGAGAUUUGCGAGGUUGUUAUUAAUAGUUUUGUACAAUUGAGGGAAUUACUUAUUGAAAGAUAACAUUUGAGUUUAAACACAAAUUAUG